AUGCAGCGAAAAGCUAUGAAACAGCUUGGGAAGGUCACCCAAUGGACACAAGAGAAGAAGGUGUUCUCAGGGGAGAAGACGCAGCUUUCAUCCGAGUUCCAAGAGUUCGAGAGGGAGGUAGAUGUCAAGCGAGUUGGGAUAGAGCGAUUGCACGCAACCUCCAUGCCCUUCUUUGAGAACAUCACCAAGCUCAAGACGUCCGCCGACCCAAAUGCGGGCAAGGAUAAGGUGCUGCUCACAGAGGCGUUGGGGCUGGUUAUGAUUGACUAUGGAGGGGAUUUGAAGGACGCCUUUGGCGACGCGCUAGCGAAAUACGGCCGGACGAGAUGCAAGAUGGCUAUUGCGCAAGAGGAGUUUGGCGGACGUCUACGCGAGAACUAUAUCGCAGGGAUGGAACGCUCUAUCGACGCUGUCAACGAGUACAAGACAUUCCGGAAGAAGCUGGACUCUAGGCGAUUGGCACUGGACUCAGCGAUCUCCAAGUUGAACAGCUCGAAGAAGGAGAAGGAUCAGCGAGGGUUGGAGCUGGAGGUCGAGAUGGCCCGAGAGCGAUUUGAUGAGGUCUCGGAAGAGACAACGGGCCGCAUGGAAGUGAUCCAAGGCGAACAAGAGCAGCAGUUUGGCGAACUUGCAGACCUGCUCGAGGCGGAGCUGGAGUAUUUCGCAAAGUGCAAAGAUCUGCUCGAGGAGCUCCGCGAUUCUUGGCCAUCCGGAUCCGCCGCUGCAUCCAGCUCCAAUCGGCCCCGCGCCAAAUCCAACGCCUCAGCCCGUUCUGCCGGCCGCGCAAAAUCGCGCCCAUCGGCCGACUCGUCAGAGGACGAAUCCUCCACCAACCGCGCUCGGUCCCACUCCAACGCGUCCGCUUCUGCAUCUACCGGAAAGACCGGCCGGCUGAGCAUGCUCCCUUCUUUCGGGUCGUUCGGGCGUAAAUCCGGCUUGAGCGUCGCGACCAAGUCGAAGCGGAAAGAGCGAUACGGGGAUGAGGGACGGCUCCCCUCUGAGCCGGACGACUCGGAGGAGGAGUACGAGGAGCGGCCCGUCCUUAGUCCUCGGGCGCAGUAUGCGCUGAACGGGCGCGCACGAUCGACGAGCACCAUGGGCUCCAAUAACCAGGUCAUGCAGGCCGACUCACCUACCCAAAGUAGCGCGGUCCCUCCGCCCAUGCGGCGAACGUAUACCACCCCCGCGUCGUCGAAUGUGCGGUACGUCAAGGCCCUAUACGCUUAUGCGGGUACAAAGCCGGACGAAUUGUCAUUGAGACAGGGCAUGGUCGUUGCUGUCAAGAGCGAGAUCUCGGGGGAUUGGUGGAUCGGGGAAGGGGAGGGAAGGUCGGGCAUGUUCCCUGCGGCAUAUACGGAGCCUUACGUCCCUUCACCAACCAGCACUACUGCCACCCCGCCACCGAUGCCAAAACGGACCCUUCCACCCAUGGCUGGCGCGAGUGGAGGCGGACGCACCCUUCCUCCGCCGGCACGUACCGCAUCCUCUCUGGCGACACACCACCUUCCCCCUAGUCCCUCCCUCGACCUCUCCACCUCCGACUCGGAGCUGUCGCAGGGGUACGACGACGCCGAUCACUAUGCCACGGCAUCACUGGCCGCCAACCCCGUCAUGGAGUCGUCUACCCCCGCUAACCGGUCCCGCUCCUCCACCAUCACCGGCAAGAAGGCCCCGCCACCCCCACCGCCCAUGUCUCGCCGGAGUCAGAGCAGCCAGAACAUCCUCGGUCAAGCGAGUUUGGCGCCUCCACUUCCGGCGGUCGGACGCAAUCGGUCCAACACCGGAAAUGCUAUCAGGAACUUUAGCCUCGAGAGCUCGCCGGAGGGGUCGCCUUUCAUGGGGGACGAGGACGAAGAGUAUGCCGAGCGGGCGGGGGCUGGGGGCGGGACGAUUGUGGAUUGUGCCGAGUGCGGGUGUGCGGACUUCACGCAGAAUGUGUUCAAGGGGAAGGGGAUGUGUUCGACUUGUUAUCAUCAGCACUGA